CCGACAUUUCCAAUCUUCUAGCCACAAACCUCUCCGGAUUUCCAUUACUCCAUACUCGACUCUACAAAAUAUUCGGUCUAGACGUCCCGCCCAGCUGCAUUCAUCCCAUUUGCUCCGCUAUCUAAUGAGGGGAUUCCAACCGUUAUCUCAGCCAAUCCCACGACUUGCGCUUCCAACCCGAAGCUUGCGCCGGCCCCUGUCAACUAUACUGCCCAUCACCAUCACCAUCACACCCGGAACCUUGCGUGGCGUGAUGAGUUCCCAGCGUGAAGACUCGAUUCCGCAUAAGCUCCGCACGGCGGCGGAACCUCGACAGAACAGGCUGUACCCCGUGCGUCUGUCGCAUGUGGAGCAGGUUAACCCCUCUAUCCGCUUGUUACAGUUUACCAUUCCGGCAGAAGAGAGUAAUGAUGACAAGGAUGGGCAACAACCAUUCAGUUUCCUCCCAGGCCAAUGGCUAGAUGUCCACAUCCCAUCUAUUAGCACUGCCGGCGGGUUCACCAUAACUUCCACCCCUGCCGAUGCCCAGGCACUGCCGUCACCAGAGGCACCGGGUGCGGAACCGCUUCUGGGCGAGGAAGCUGGCUCAUCUAUCCCGCUACGAGGACGAGAGCCCUACGUAGAAUUGGCCAUUCAAGACUCCCCCGCAAACCCACCAGCUGCAUGGCUUUGGAAACCAAAGGGUGAGAUUGUCGGCAAAGAAUUGAAUAUUCGUGUUGGAGGGAGCUUUGUCUGGCCCCCCACGGGUGUUGAUGUACGAAAAGUGAAGAAUGUGGUCUUUAUCGCAGGAGGCGUGGGUAUCAAUCCACUAAUCUCUAUCCUCUCACACCUCAAUAAUCAAGUUGAAAGCACUCGGCCCUUGAAUGUACAUUUCCUAUACUCGAGUCGACUCCCACAAGGCCAUGAAACGGCAUCACCAGAAGAAUCACUCAAUCAGAUCCUCUUCCUCCCACGAAUCCGCCAAAUCAUCCGUUCUCAACGACAAUCCCACCGUCUCCGCAUCUCCCUCGAUCUCUUCCUCACGGAUUGGAAGUCUUCUCGUCUGACACCUGCUAACUCCCCGACGGAUCUCACGAUUCACUCCAAGAGAAUCGAAAAGCAUGAUCUGCAAUCAGCCGUUAUCGGCGGAGAUGGCAAGCUAGACCCUCGAGAAAGCGUAGCCUAUGUCUGUGGACCACCGCAGAUGACGGACGAAAUGGUGGCGAUGUUGAAAGAUAUUCUUGGAGAAGGUGGGGAGCAACGAGUAUUUUUUGAGAAAUGGUGGUAAAGAGACAGUGUCAAUUCAACGCUAGAUAAUCAAGAAGUAUAGUGAUAUUUGCUGAUGACUGGGGUAAAGAAGUAAAAGAACAAUGAUGAGAUAUUCAGGUGAGAGACAGACACCCUAUGGACGCCGGAUCUUUUGCGGGUAAGGAGACUGGGAGAGGAGAAGUAUAUGUACAGAAGUGUAGAAACUCGAAAGAAAAAUGGAGUCGCCAACGACGGAAAUGACGGUAAAACAGAGCAGACGUAUGCGCUCUCAUGAUGGUCAGGUAUAAAAAAAAAGAAUCUGGAAUGAAAAAGAAUCAUAAGAUGAAAGAGAUAGGCGAGGCCGCUCUCGAGAGGUCUAUUCGCCUGGGCCCUUGACAGAGCCACCAUCGACAAUCAUCAUCUCAUCGAGCUUAGCUUCUGUUUGUCCCCAUUCGAGACGUUUGUAAGUCGUCACCCGGCCGGGACCCAUAUCGAACUCAAAGAAACGGACGCGGCGGACGUAGUCGUUGUAGCCUCCGUAUCCGCCCAGACCGACACCGCCUCCAUAGCACAUCCAUAAUGAGGGUUUCUCUUUGGAGUCUUGCUCGAGCAUACAGUAGUCGUUGACGUGAUCGCUAGAAAAUAAUAUAAGUGUCUGCAUCACAUAUGGGAUCGGGGCAAUUGGGCAACCUACUGUCCGCAGCUUACAAACAAGACGCCCUCUUCUUCCAGGGCGUCUUUGAAGCCAGAGUUGAAUCCAGGUGCUGUUGGUGGCUCCUGCCACUCGCCCUUCCAGUACUUGCCGUCACUCCGGUACUCGGGCAGCGGGAUAUGGAUAAAGGCCAUGUUCAUAUGGCUGUGGGAGUACUCUUGGUGUUUCCUCUUCAAGCUCUGGGCGGUAUUUUUGAACCACCGGAUUUGGCUCGGUUUGACCCAGUCGUAGCCCCGGAAUUGCCGCUCAUCGGGCGAGUAGGCGUGGGUGUCAAGGAGGUAGAAAGUAAGGGCCGAGUGAGUGCCACCGCCGCGGUCGAGGACCUCGACGAUAUAAUUACCCACUCCAUCGAUGUCUUCCGGGCCGGCGGUUGAAAGGGAAUACGGUAGAUCCUCGUAGAUGGACAUGAGCUGUGCCCGGUUGAGGUCGCCUUCGUCGUCGUGGUUGCCAAAGAUAACGGCAUAGGGGAUUUUUCGGUCUACUAGAAGCUUCACGCCCUUGAACACGGCGCUUUGGGCAUCCGGGGCAGUUUCUCCGUUGACCUGGUCACCACUGAGAACGACCAUAUCCGGCUUCUCUUCGUCGAGAAGUCGCUCCACAAACUCCAACGUUCGGGGAUCGGCUUCACACUUUUGUCCCGGUACUGAUUCGGCGGGAACGGGGUCACGGCAGGCACCAAGACCAGUGCUCAGAUGGAGAUCAGCCAACUGCAUGACUUUGAAUUUUCCGUUGUCGUUGAUCCGAGGGGUAGGCUUCUUGUUCUUUAAGGGGUUGCCACGUCGAAUGCUGAGACGAGUCUCCAGCUUCUCCGUCCACCCGUCCAGCAACAAGGGUGUAUCUUUGACCUCCCAAUUGGGUCGAGGGUCAACGGCAUCGGCACCGAAGAGCACGUCAAUAUAUGUGACGGCCUUUUCGGAGUCGCUGGCGUGGCGCGAGGCGGUCCGCCUCAGCCAAAUACCACCCGGCCGGGCCUCCCACGCCUCCUCCUCCCCCUUGGGAGUGUAUUCGGUAGGUGGAGUCAGGCGACUAAUCUUCAGGUCAAUGAGCACCUUGUCAUCCGGGCCCAACUCUUCUUCCUUCUUUCGCUGAAAUUGGAUAUACGCAGUCGAGGUCCAGCCAGUGCGUAGAUAGAGAUCCUUUUCGAUGCGGUACCAGGUCUCCGGGUCCAACUUGCAGCUCGAGAAGGGAUUGAGUGAGGAGCAUUGUGUGACGGUCACAUCGGUAAUCACAUAGCCGGAGUAGUGCAUGGGGAGGUGGCCAUGGAUCGAUGCUGGCAGGACACGGAAUUUGCUGUCGAGAAAGACGACUAAAAGGAGCGCAAUCGUUACUAACAAGC